AAACUCCACCAACAAUUAGAUGAAUUUAUAUAAACAGCAGAACCACAUGAAUCAAUAAAAAGAAAGAUUGUAAACUUGCAUUUACUAGUAUCGGGUUGUGUCAAAUUUUAAAUUUUUGGCGUCGGCAACAAAAUGAAAAAUUUAAUUUUUUUCGUAGCGUUUAUUUGUCAAUUGGUGUGCGGAGCGAAAUAUCAAUAUCCGAAUUAUCUAAAAGCCUUUAUAUGUAAGAAAUCAGAUCCGGAUUACAACAGAUGUUUAUUGGAAGAAUUCAAAAAAAUUACUCCCUAUUACGUAAAGGGUGUGCCAGAAUUAGGGGUGGAAUCGAUUGAUCCGUACGUCGUACCUUUUUAUUCGAUAAACGCAACUGUCAUGGGAUUGGGACAGUUCAAAGUUGAUUUUAAAGAUGGGGUAGUCAAAGGAUUGGGAGAUAUAAUUUUCCAUAGUGUAAAAGCGGAUCUUGAAGCUAAUUCAAUAGAAAUUAGUGCCACUCUUCCUCGAUUAGAUAUCGACACGAAGCUCAAUGUAGCUGGGAAGUUAUUCAGUAAUCCUAUCAACGUUCCGUUACAUUUCAACGGAAAUAUAACCGAUGUGCAGGUGCUAUUCAGAAGCAAUGCAGAAAAAGUGAAAAAAAAUGGCAAAGAGUUUUUCCAAAUUUCUAAAAUUGCUACGAAAGUGUCCAUAGGUGACGGUAACAUCAGAUUGGAUACACCGAAUAAGAAUGCCGAAGAAAUGGUGAAAUCUAUUGAAAGUGUUUUUAACGAAAAUCCUAGAGAUGCCUUUAACAUGAUGUCCCCAGUUGUAUUGGAAUACGCACAAGAUUUUAUGAAAAAAAUUUUCAACCAAUGGAUAAGUACACUUUCCGUUUCCGAAUGGCUUCCUGAAUCAAAAUGCUAUACGGUUGUUUAUGAAAACGGAAAGAAGUUGAGUAGUGCAUCGAAAAUAAUGAAUACUUUGACGGUGUUAUUUUCUUUAAGUUCCUUAUUAUUUCAGUUGACGUUUGGUAAAAGUUUACAAUUACCGGAUUACCUCCAAAAAUACAGCUGUGUAAAAUCAGAUCCGGAUUACGAAAAAUGUAUUCUGGAAGGUUUUUUAGCUACCAAACCCUUCUUUUUGGAAGGUAUACCUGAAUUAAACGUACCCUCAAUGGAUCCUUACAAAGUAGAUGCUUUCGCUGUGAAUAGCAGUGUCGAAAAUUUGAUAAAAAUAGAUGCUGUUUGUCGUAACGCCGUGGUGACAGGCCUCAGUACAACUAUUAUUGAUUAUUUGAAAGCUGAUCCAAUAAAACACUAUGGCGAAAUAAAAUUGACAAUACCGUGGAUGUACGCCGAAAUGGAUUACGAUGUAAAAGGACAACUGCUUGUUAUUCCUUUGGAAAGCAGAGGACACUUUCAAGGAAAUUUCACUGAUACUAAAGCACAAAUCAAAGGUAGUUUGAAGAUGUACACUAAAGACGGAGUUGAUUAUUUCAAGGUCAACAAGUUGGCGUUGAAAGUGAGAAUUGGUGAUGGAUACGUUAAACUUACGUCCAAAGACAAAGAGCUUCAAUACGCAGCCGAUCUUAUAUCGAAUUUCUUCAACGAAAAUCCUCGACAAGUUUUGGACGCUAUCAAUCCUUUGUUCAUCCAAUACGCAGAGGUGUACGCCAGGAAAGAAAUGGAUCGUAUUUUGGCGACGGUACCCGCAUCAGCUUGGUUGCCAGAAUAAACUAUAUCGUAUACUUAUUUGGUGGGGCGUUACUAGUCUUUUCUAAUUUUUUUAAUGUUGUAAAAUGAUAUUUCUUUUUAAUAAAUUUGUAAUAGAAUAA